GUUUGCCAUCAAAAACGACCAGACCUUUUAGGAAAACACUGCGCAGAUUAAGUAACCUUUGCCCAUUUGAGAGUGUAAGGGACAUCCCCUUCCUCCAUACGCACACACUGCACCUUGUUCGCAGCAGUCUUAUUUUGUUCCUUCCCCCCCACCGUGCUCUUGAAACAAAUGUGUUUAGCGUUUUGGGGGGUUAGUGGUCAGACGUGCAUCCCUUCUGGAUGUUCUUUUUUCUUUUUUCUUCGUUUGCACAUUGGACUUCCUGUAUAUUUUCAUCUUUAUCACCAACGCGUCUGGAUUUGGUUUAGCAGAUGAAAUAUUGGCCUUAUUGUGCCUGUUAUUUUUAACUGUAGAAUGUCAUCUUUGCCAGGAACAGUACCACGAAUGAUGCGACCGGCGCCUGGACAGAACUAUCCCCGCACAGGAUUCCCCCUGGAAGGCCUAUCCGUGAUGGCGUUCAACAAUUGCAUGGUGUCAACUCCCCUGGGUCAAGGUCGAGUGAAUCAACUUGGCGGAGUGUUCAUCAAUGGACGGCCACUACCAAAUCAUAUCCGUCACAAAAUAGUGGAGAUGGCCCACCACGGUAUUCGACCAUGUGUGAUCUCUCGACAACUCCGAGUCUCUCACGGCUGCGUUUCCAAAAUUCUUUGUCGGUAUCAAGAAACGGGUUCAAUCCGACCCGGAGCGAUUGGUGGAAGCAAACCUAGACAGGUAGCAACGCCUGAUGUGGAGAAACGCAUUGAGGAAUACAAGCGAGAAAACCCAGGCAUGUUUAGCUGGGAGAUCCGAGACAAGCUGUUGAAAGACGGGGUGUGUGACAGAAGUACAGUUCCUUCAGGUGAGGCCUCAUCUGUGAGUUCAAUAAGUCGUGUUCUCAGAGCUCGAUUUGGGAAGAAAGACGACGAAGACGAUUGCGAUAAAAAGGAUGAAGAUGGAGAAAAGAAAACCAAACACAGCAUCGAUGGCAUUCUUGGUGAUAAAGGUAGUCGUAUGGAUGAAGGGUCCGAUGUGGAGUCCGAGCCAGAUCUUCCCCUGAAGAGGAAGCAGCGGCGCAGUCGCACCACCUUCACGGCCGAGCAGCUGGAGGAGCUGGAGAAGGCCUUUGAGAGGACGCACUACCCCGACAUCUACACCCGGGAGGAGCUGGCCCAGAGGACCAAGCUCACUGAAGCCAGAGUACAGGUGUGGUUUAGCAACCGACGGGCCAGGUGGCGUAAGCAAGCGGGAGCCAAUCAGCUGGCAGCAUUUAACCACCUGUUACCUGGGGGAUUCCCUCCCACAGGGAUGCCCACGCUACCAACAUACCAGCUCCCAGAGUCUGGAUACACGACAACCACACUAUCCCAGGAUGGUAGUGGUACAGUCCACCGUCCUCAGCCCCUACCACCAUCCUCCAUGCACCAGGGUGGGCUCUCCUCCGCCGAUAGCAGCUCUGCCUACGGCCUCUCGUCUAAUCGCCAUGGCUUCUCCAGCUACUCCGACACAUUCAUGAGCACUGCAGCACCCAGCAACCACAUGAACCCUGUUAGCAACGGACUCUCGCCACAGGUGAUGAGCAUUCUGAGUAACCCCAGUGGGGUUCCCUCACAACCUCAGCACGACUUCUCCAUCUCGCCACUCCACGGUGGCCUGGACUCCUCCAACUCCAUCUCGGCCAGCUGCAGCCAGCGUUCCAGUGACCCCUCCAUAAAGACAGUAGACAGUAUGCCCUCCUCACAGUCCUACUGCCCGCCCACCUACAGCACCAGUAGCUACAGUGUGGACCCUGGUGUCGCCGCUGGAUACCAGUACAGCCAGUACGGACAAACUGCAGUAGACUAUCUGGCCAAGAACGUGAGCUUGUCUACUCAGCGGAGAAUGAAGCUUGGGGACCACUCAGCUGUCCUGGGAUUGCUACAGGUGGAGACUGGUCAAGCCUACUAGUCCAUCCACCCUCCAGCCUGUAUCAUGUCCACGCUACAGCCCCCAUGACGUGUUCGCCAGCUCUAUCCGGGCGCCCACCCUUAUCACCCUGACAGCCAGCAGGACAGCAGCAGUGCGUGUACAGAUGUGCCUCUGAGAAAGAGAGGGGACGAUGAGACAGAAGACAAAAGCACCUCUCAUAGGAGAGCGAUGAAUUUGACGCAGCCAUUCCAAACCAUGAUGGGGCGAAGCAGGCACCUUGUGCCUAGUGUCAGUGUUCUACCCUGCUUCCUGACAGACUCUGACGAGCUUUGUAGGGGUUACAGAGAAAAAACAGCCCAUGUUGAAAAGCCUGCCAGUCCACACCAAACGUUGGUGUGUGAUACACAGGCAGUUUGUAGCCAUAUUUCAUUCCCAUAUUUUUGGACCCUAAUUUUCUACAGUACCUCGGAAUCAGUACUGCUAUUAUUGUUCUAUUUGUCAUAACUGUGGCUGUUGCUUAUUGCUGUUCUGAUUCUUGUUGAUAUGUUGUUUACUUUCCUUUAUUUUGGUAGGAUGUAAUUGGAUCAUUCAAAGACGAUGACAGAGAGAGAGAGAGAGAGAGAGAGAGAGAGAGAGAGAGAGAGAGAGAGAGAGAGAGAGAGAGAGAGAGAGAGAGAGAGAGAGAGAGAGAGAGAGAGAGAGAGAGAGAGAGAGAGAGAGAGAGAGAGAGAGAGAGAGAGAGAGAGAGAGAGG